UAGUCCAGGUCAAUGGCUUUAAGUAUGAGCGGUAGAACUCGUGACGGUCAUGAGAAUUCCUUUCCUUGCUCACAGUUCUAACCUUUUCUCAAGUCAGAGAUUUAAGCAAAGAGGAGUGAGACUGAGAGCUUUCGGGAAAGCGCUGGGAAGCAAUUUAGAAGGACCGGACCCUUCACAAUCUAAUUAUCUACUUUAGGUAACUUUUUCGACCAAAACACAGACCAUUGAUGGACAGGUCCAUUCAGUUUUCUUUUGAACUAAGAAAAAAGUGUAAAAGUCUGGAUGGAAAGAGAUGCCUCGCGGUGACUUCAACGUUCAUUUUGCAAGCAGAGGACAGCAUGUCAGGGCCGAAGAGGCAGCUGGCAUAGCUCUGUUGGUUGUAGUUCUCGCAGCCCUUCUCAUCGUCGGAUGCUGGUAUUUCAAGAGGAGAAGCGGGUACAAAAUGAUCAGGAGCCCAAGAUCAGGGUCCCUGCCAGGAUUCAGUAGAGGACAGUUCAGCGAGGGAAGAGCUGCAGCAGAAAACAAGAUGGGCCUCAGUGAGCUCCGACCUGUGCUUCCCAAUGCCCCUCCUGCCUAUGAGAAGAUCUCAUCAGGACCCCUACCUCCUCCCUACUCGCCCUAAUAACAACAGUCCUCUGUGGGAUAACCAAAAAAGAUGAAACGUCACGUGUUAUUUCAUUAAACACAUGAUCAAACUUGUGAAGAACAAAUAUUUUGCACUCUAUUUACUACUAUCACAAGUUUAUAGAAGUAUUCUUCAAUGUUUUUUUUGGGGGGGGGGGACACUGUAGUUUCAUGUUAAUGUUCUGACCUUUUAGCUCCACAAGCUUUCAUUUCUGAAUGCUGCUCAAAGAACAAGACUUUCUAUCAAUCCCUGUAUAUCUAAACAUAACAAUAUUGUACUUCGGAAAUUCUUUGCUCAUUUCAGUGAUAACCUAGCUUCUGCCGAGUCCCCAACAACCAGAUGUUCCGGUUUUCAGAAGAAAUGGAAAGCGAGCCUGUGARGCAACUUCCCCUUUUGGACGUUUACAAGGCGACGCUCCAUCUUAACUCCGCCUCCACAUUUACUGGAUUGGUUGAACAGUGCAGAAGAGAACCUCCCCGGACAAUAUUUUUUUUCUUCUCGUCAAGACCAGUAUGUAGGGGGAUCUAGUUUCAGGUGUUUCUUUUAUGCCUGCUACGUUACAUUUAGCGAUAACCAAAUGUGUAGCAGCAAUUGAGAAUUCCUCUGAAGUUAAUGACAACAUCUUACCUGCUUGAUUGUUGGCUUAUAUAUUUCAACAUGUACUUAUGAGGAUUUGGAAAUUAUACAUUUCCAUAAAGAWUUWUUWUUUUUUUUAAACCACAGUUGAGUUUACCAAGAGCCUAAUUCACAUGAACACCACACAUCUCUUAUGGAGGACAGUCGCACCAUUUAUUUCCAUGCAGAAAAGUCCACAGUUAUCCAAUGACAAUGUACCCACUAAAUAUUUUGAGAAAUCUAUGAUAGGAAAAAUAAAUAAAUAUAACAUCCAAAAUG